CGCUUUUCACUAAUUUCCCCAAAUCGCCAUUUAAAAGUAGGCUCCGGAGACUGCUGCCCAAACAGUCUCUUGGAAAUCGCGAAAUGUUCCACUUAUUUUGGCUAGUCUCCCUCGCGCUGCUCUGCGGCAGGACGCUGGGCCAGGGAUCGCGGGCCUACUUGCCGCCAGGGAGCCCCGCCGCCCCGGAGCCGAUCGUCACCAAACACUUCUACAGCAUCUCCCCCGCCGAGGACCCGGAGGACUUGGAGCCGAGAACCAAGCACCUGGUGAUCGGACAGCCGCGAAGGAACUAUCGGGUGAUCUUCAUCCGAGCCCCCGGGGCGCACAGUGAGCGCGUUAAGUACACCGCCGAGGUGGCGCCCCAGGAGGAGCGCACUGUCAUCUACGUGCUGACCAGGAAGCAGCCGGAGCUAGAGGCCGCGGACAUCGCGGCGCCGCCGGAACGCCACCAGGCGGAACAGAAGCCGGACAUAUUCUUCAUCAAGUACAAGACCAACGAGGAGGCAGCCGCCGCCCAGAAGGAGAUCCAGAACCAGUACGACACCCUGGGCGGCAACAGCGAGAUAGCAGCCCCCUAUGUGGCACCUGUCCAGUCGGUGGUCGGAGCCCUGACGCCCCAGUACCCAUCGCAGCCAGUGUCACCCGGCUAUCACUACGACAGACCGACUUCCACGCUGUUGGCGCCAGUGGAGCGAUCUUACUGACAGUUUUUAUUGUUUUUCUUUCCCAAAACCUUAGGGUUUAAAUAAUAUUAUACAGAUAUCCGCAAGUCGUUGAAUAUUCCGCGCUAUUUGCAUAUAAUUGAUAAGCCAUUUCCACAGCCAGAUACGAAUCUAUCAUAAAAGCUGGCGAGCGCGUAAAUAAAAAUGGUUUCUUUUAAUUAUAUUUUUGUUGUAUAAUUUUGGCAAACUUUUUGCUUCUUUUUUUUUUUGGUGAUAUCAGAGUGGAGUGUGUUUUGUUUUAUUUUUCGCAAAUAAAAAAUAUUUGCAAAAGUGCUUUGACCCUGUGACGAAGGAGAGGAAUUCGCAAGAAGUGAAGCGGCGAGCUUAUUGGCUUUGCGAUUAAAAUAUAAAAAUGGCUUUGCGAAUAAAAAGUGAAAAAUAAAAAAAUCAGUAAACAAUUUUGAAUUAAAUAUGGAAAAGUAUAAUGUUAACUUUGUUUGUUUUUUGUUAGUUAUAAACUCUUUAAUAGUCUCUGCCCGGCUAUUUUGUAUUAAAAAAGUCAUUGUUUAAAUAAUAAUGUACCGUUUCUGAAUAAAGUAAAAAAAAAAAAUAUAAAUAGUUUAAAAAAAAGUCAAAAAAAGGACUGAAAAUUAUGAUAAUUUGAUAUUUUUAUUGAGAACCAGAAUUAUACCAUAUUUAGAAUAUUACCAGAAAACCAGAAUAUUAUCAUAUUUUCCUGGACGAAAAUUCUAUGCAUUUCCCUCAUACACUUUUUAAUUUUUAUAUUUUGUUUAAUAAAAAAUCAUUAUCUUAUGAAAAUAAUAUAAAAAUCAGAGAAUUAGAGAGAGGUUAUU